UGUCUUCUUCGACUGCCACGUCUUGGUUGUCCGAUACCUAUAUAAAUUGAUCAUUUACGCUGUUGUUUAGGACUAGUUGAAUUCCCACGAUGGCCUCACAAGCACCUAAACCGAACUUAUGGCUAGAGCCCAUGGACCUCCACAAACACCUUCACGGCUUCCACGAACUAUGUUCCGACGAGAAAGCGAAUCUCUGGAGCCUCCGCCUACACACAACCACCCUCGAAGCCUCCAAAGAGCGCAUGGUAGUCAACAAACCAGAGACUAAACCCUGGCACCUAAGCUGUGCCAUCAUGGUCUCUGACUAUGCGUCCCUUCCUCCACUACCGGCGAACGGCAGCAACAACGGGGCUGCUGCCACCGACAUCACCAGAGAGACCAAGAUGAUCGGAAGUAUCAGGACGACGACGGUAUCAGCUUGGGGUCUCUCGAUCGGAUACAAACUACGGUCCGACUGCUGGGGCAAAGGGUACGCCACACGCGCGAUCACGGCGUUUCUGGAGAUGUACUGGAGCCGGAGGCGGUUGGCGCCGAGGAGUGAGGUGGUUGUUCUCCCCGAGGUGCAGGCGUCAGCAGGAGGUCAGACGAGACAAGGAGAUGAUGGUCCAAGUGUCCCUACUGGAGAUCUAGAUACGAGGUUGCUGGCGAAAGGUAAUGGAGCUACCAGAGACGCAGAGAGCGACGUCGACAGAGAGGACCAGGUCGAGAUCACGCACCUCAUUGCGCAGGUUGACCUGGAGAACGUGGGCAGCAUGAAAGUCUGUGAAAAAUGCGGCGGUAGGCUCGUCGCCGUCGAAAAGGAAUGUAUCAAGGUGUGGCGAUUUGCCGAGAUGAGGGAUAUGGCCGUGUGGAGGUUUGAUAAACCUUCAGACAGUUUGCCGACUCAAGCGUGA